CGCAAAGUGCCUGCAGUGCAAUUCACCAACGCCAUCAACCAUGGAUUUGAAGUUCAGUCGAAAAACACGGUUUCCAGGCAAUGACCAUGGUCUGUUGGAGGAAACUGAUGCUAGUAAGAGAUCCAACCCUAACCGACGUACCCGAUUCCCAGGAGGUAGAGAUAUCGAAAGAAUCCGUCUAUUAGAGAAAGAGGAGCAGCGAAUUGAAUCUUCUCCGGAGAAGGAACAACCCACCGAACUCCCAUUUCGACUGCCGAUAAGGAUUAAUCCUCCCGAUGUGGUUCUAGAGAAACCUACGCCGAAAACGAACAUCAAGACCUCCGAAGUAGUUCAGCUUCCUCCCGUUCGAGUAGAGAGUCCGUGGAACUCAUAUAUAUCUCUUCGUCAUCUUGAACGCGGCGGCCAAGUCACAGUAGCAUAUACCCGAAAGGUUCCAGUGCGUGUGGUCGUCAUUAAAGAGCUUCUGUCCGAUAGCUUUAUGGAGCUGAGAAAAUGCCAGCAUGAGAAUCUACUCGCAAUUUUGGAGGUUUAUCGCUUUCGGGGCGUUUUUUUCGUCAUUACAGACUAUACAGCUGCUACUCUUAAGCAAGUGAUCGCCAUCCCACUACCUCUCGAGGAAUUGCACGUGUCUGCGACUUGCCGUCUGGUCUUUGAAGGCAUGCAGCACUUAUCUAGAUUUGGUAUGUCUCAUAACAAACUCGAUAGCUCCAGGAUAUUAUUCUCACCAGAUGGGUGUGUAAAGAUAGGUGCGUCUCCCGCGAUCACAGUAUCUAUACCGGGUCUGAUGAAUGAUGCUCAAGCCCACUUUGAUGAAUGUAGGACCACAGAAUCUGCUGCGGCACGUUCUCUUGGGGUCGUCGCCAUCGAAAUGAUGCAGAAUGGCAUUCCUCCUGAGGAGGAUGAGAAGUUUGUUUUGAAGCACCCUGACCGAUGGUCACCAGAGGCAUCGAACUUUCUAGAGGUCACCUCCUGGGGAACAUUAAAGGAAGUUCAAAAAGUAAGAGGUCUUCUUGCUGCCUUGACUCCACUUAUCGAUUUUGUUCUAGCAUCGCUUUUUAACGCACGUAUCGCCAAGUGUUAUGAUUCCAUUCAUUCACUAUGCAGGUUGGGAUACUAUUGAAAGUCUAAGUUUAAAGACUUCAGAUUCAGAUACAGUUUCUCCAUUGGUUGCUAGUGGUUAAAAAAAUAGCUUAGAUUUCUUGAAUAAGAAGAUUUCCCGUAAACAAC